AUGGCGUUAAAUUCGGCGACAGUGGCUAACCCCCUCGGCCUCUGCCCCGCAGCCGCAGGCGCCCUCGUCUCCCCCACUGCCGCACGGAGCCGCCGCUCCAAUUCCUACUCCUGCGUCCCUCGCCUCCAAUUCACCAAGCGCAACAGAUGCAGCGUGCUGAGGCUGUGCAGCGCACGCCCUAGCGCUCCGGCCCUCAACCAGUGGUGGGCGUCCGAGCUCACCCCGGAGGAGCUACCCACGGAGGAGACAGACGUGCCGACGACCGGGCACGGCAGGGAGGAGCUGGUGGCCAUAUGGAACGCCCUCGUCGCCGAGCCCUUCCGGCCCGUCCUGCUCGCCUUGCGCGAGAUCAGGGACCGCGGCCACUUCUUCCGCUGCCGCAGCUACCACGCCGGGGUCGUCGCUGGCCCGUUGUUGAUGAUUGCUGGUUUCUGCCAACUCCGUAAAUUAGUACCAACCUUGUUCAUGGAUAUAGUUCUUGGAUAUAUAUUCUACAAGUUGAGUGUUUUAGCAGCAGAACUGAAAAGAAAUGGGAAGGCAAACCAUACGUGUGCUCGUAUACAGCUCGUUCUCUUACUUAUUUUGUCAUUCAAGGAUAACAGCGCUUUCCGGGACGUUUACCGCCUCGUCACGGAAUUGAUUUGGCUCAUUUGUUUGGAAGUGUACGUGGCUGCAGUGACCUUUGAAAUUGUGGACGAGGAGGAUCCCAGACACGAAAUGCUAGGAAUUUAUAAGAUACUAACAACCAAAGGUGGCCUGAUGAGGGUGAAAUUCGAUAGAUGA